AUGGAUAUAAUGGUGGAUGUCCGGAGGUUGACGCAGGUAGAUAAGUUAUUGCGGGAGAGAGAUAUUUUCUAUGAAGUUUCUAUCACUGACACUGCCCUUGGGAACACUCAUAACCGUGUACGAAGUCCUAUUCCAAAUGUACAGCGACCACGAUCACCCAUAAAAAGGGCCAUGGAUUGGAGGGACUAUUAUCCAUUAGACAUCAUUUAUAAUUACAUGGAUUUCUUGGAAAUUCAAUUUCCAUCGACUUGUACAGUGAGCAUUAUAGGAAAAUCUGUGGAAGGUAGAGAUAUUAAGAUGCUCAAAAUAUCGAACAGUAAUGCAAGUAACUCGGCAGUUUGGCUUGACGGAGCUAUACAUUCACGGGAGUGGAUAAGUACUGCUGUGGUCACUUUCAUAGCCGAUCAUUUUGCUAGGAACUUUAACGAGUUACCUCAAAGUAUCACUAAUAAAGAUUGGUAUUUUGUUCCAAUCGUCAAUCCAGACGGUUACCACCACACUCAUAUUUUGGAUAGGCUAUGGCGGAAGAACAGAGCUCGUGUUGGUAGCAACAUUUGUGGUGUUGAUCUCAAUAGGAAUUUUUCUCAUUUGUGGGGUCAUGGUGCCGAAGAGUGCUCGUCUUCAGAUCCAUACCAUUUAAACUAUAGAGGCCGGGCACCUUUUUCAGAGCCUGAAACGGCUGCUAUUAAAGAUUUAAUAUUAUAUUCCGGGACGCCAUUUAAAAUAUUCUUGACUUUUCAUUCGUAUAGUGAAGUGAUAUCGUUUCCUUGGUGUUUCUCGAAUGAACCAUGCAUAGAUUAUGUGACAUUACUCGAAGGGGGUACUUCAAUGGCAAAGGCUAUUUACGAAACGAAUGGUCGUAUGUAUAAAGUUGGCAACUUCAAAGAUCUCAUGUAUAGCGCAUGCGGAACCAGUAUAGACUGGAGUUAUGGCGUAGCGCGAAUACCAUUCUCAUACCUCAUCGAACUGCCGAGUAAACAAGAUCGAUUUUUACUACCCAAGGAGAAAAUAUUAAGCUGUUGCAAAGAAGUGUUAAAUGGAGUGAAGGCACUAGCUCAGUUCGUGGACACGGCGACACCGUCACCUAAUGCAGUGGUAAUCAAUAAAAAGAGACAGAUGUUGUGAUAGUUUCGUAUGAUUUUAUUUUGCAAAGUUGAUUGUGAAAAUAUUAUAGUUACUUUACACUUACCAAAGAAUUUAUGAGUAGUAGACAUUUUGUUAGCAUUUUUGUAUAUCUUCUCUUUCGGAUCGAAUUGGGUUUAUAAGAAGCGGAUUAUAAAUAUAUAAUAUUUUUAAAGUGAAUGUUUUUGAUUAAAACAAUUAGAAUACUAGUCAGAUACCUAAACAUUAUUGUUAGCAGUAUUAGCCUAUUAAUGUUCUCACUAUUGGGAUACAGGUCUUUCCUAUGGGUGGAACCAAAUAGAGAAAAUUGGCCAAUAUCUACCAUGCAGAUUGUAAAGUUAAUGACUGCAGAUGUAGCAGAGACCAACGGCUUAACUUACCCUUCCGAAUCGCGGAAGAUUUCGAGCUAACAAAAUAAGUACCAAUCCUAUGGACCAUGCCUUACGAAAGUUGCGUAACUCAGCCUUCGAACUCUUAAAUAUACUUAAUAAACAAUUACAAAUGCUCGUCGACGAGUUCUAGAUGUAUUAUUUGAUCUUCUAUCAUAAGAAGAUUCAUAUGGGUACAAAAAUUAAAUGCAUCAUGUAUAAUAUUUAUUCAAUACAAAAAUCAACAUCAAAUAAAUUCUUGAGGAACAAAAAAUUUUAAUGUACUCUUAAGCACGUAAGUAAUGAAAGAUAAUUCAAUUAGAAUUUUACACAAUAAAAAAAAAAGACUUCAAAGAUACAGAUCCAAAGAAACACUACUAAUCCAAUACAUCAUCUUAUAUUAACAAUAUUAAAAACAGAUUAAAAUUUUAAGUGCAUCAAGGCUUCUGAUGUUGUUUUAAGAUUGAAUCGACUUUAUUGUUCCUUAACUUUA